AGAAAAAAAAGCAGUCUCUGACUCCUAUAAAUUGGUUUCACUGCCACCACAAAGUACAAUAUAUACCUUCUAAACAUUCUCUUGCACCCAAACCCUGGAAUUAAGCACGUUAUUUCAUUAGGGUUGGUUUUGUUGAACAGAAAAAAAGAGAGAAAAAAAAAAUUAUGGGAAGCGAUGGCGUGAGGAAACCAAGAUUCCUAUGCCUUCAUGGGUUCCGAACAAGCGGAGAAAUAUUGAAAACACAGUUACAUAAGUGGCCUCAAUCGGUUCUAGACAACCUCGAUCUAGUAUUUGUGGAUGCUCCUUUUCCUUGCCUUGGCAAAUCCGAUGUAGAAGGCAUUUUUGAUCCCCCUUACUACGAGUGGUUCCAGUUCAACAAGGAAUUUACAGAGUACACCAACUUUGACGAGUGCCUUCAGUACAUUGAGGAAUGCAUGAUCAAGUACGGACCUAUUGAUGGGCUUCUUGGUUUCUCACAGGGAGCAAUAUUAUCGGCUGCGCUGCCGGGUCUUCAGGAGAAGGGCGUGGCACUCACGAAGGUUCCGAAAGUGAAAUUCCUAAUAAUAGUAGGAGGGGCAAAGUUUAGGUCACCUUCAGUGAUGGACAAAGCAUAUUCUUCUUCCAUUAGCUGUCCCUCCCUCCACUUUAUAGGAGAGACAGAUUUUUUGAACAAGUAUGGGGCUGAACUACUAGAAUCCUGUGUUGAACCCGUGGUGAUUCACCACCCCAAAGGACACACAAUACCAAGAUUAGAUGAUAAGAGCUUGAAGACCAUGAUGGAUUUCAUUGAAAGAAUUAAGAAAGAUGUCUCAAAAUAAGAAACGAGUUUAGACAACCAGCCAGUGCUUCAAAGGGAUUUUUGAAAUAUUUAUUCAUUUUAACAUAAAUUAAUAACAUUGCUAUUUGUAUUCUUAUACAAAUUUGUUACUGUUAGAUUCUCAAUGUAAUGAAUUAUAUAAGAGUCAUAUUUGAAUAUAUAAGCAGAGGCUCUCUGCCAAAUUUGUGACAGCAUUCA